GGGUUUUCCUGAGUUGAAUUCUUGCUAUAAAUUCAUCAUAUUUUCAACACCAGAUGCCCUAGCCGUCAGAGAACUCUCUUCUAUCACUCCUUCACAAAUACUUUCAUUCAUGCCACACCAACACUGAAGGAAGUAGAUGCUUUGCAAACCGCUUUAAAAAAAGAGUUCCAUUAACACCAAGAAGGCAGAGGUUUUAAAGAAAUUAGUUAUAUAGCAAUGGUGGUAAAGGUGUACGGACCUGCCUACGCUUCACCAAAGCGGGUGAUGGUAUGCCUGGCUGAGAAGGGAAUUGAAUUUGAGACUGUCCCUGUUGAUCUUAUCAAGGGAGAGAAUAGGAAUCCUGAGUUCCUCAAGUUACAGCCUUUUGGAUCACUUCCCGUUAUUCAAGAUGGAGAUUACACUUUAUAUGAAUCCAGAGCUAUCAUACGGUAUUAUGCAGAAAAAUACAAGUCUCAGGGAACUGAUCUUCUGGGGAAAUCCAUAGAAGAACGAGGUGUCGUGGAACAAUGGCUAGAGGUUGAGGCGCACAACUUUCAUCCUCCAAUAUACGACAUGACAAUACAAAUUUUAUUUGCUUCCAAACUCGGAAUUCCCUCAGAUGAGAAGUUGAUUAAGGAGAGUGAAGAAAAGCUUGGAAAAGUUCUGGACGUAUAUGAGAAGAGACUCUCUGAAAGCAAGUACUUAGGUGGAGAUUUCUUCAGCCUGGCUGAUCUGAGUCAUCUUCCCUUCACACAGUACUUGGUUGGGCCAAUGGGAAAGGAGUAUAUGAUAAGAGACAGGAAGAAUGUGAGUCGCUGGUGGGAUGAAAUUAGCAACAGACCAUCCUGGAAGAAGAUCAUGCAGUUCUAAAUAUGGCUUGUUUUGUUUUCUUCAAUUUAGUUUGUUUGUGACCUUGUACUGAAUACUGUCUGCUUUGUGCUUGUUUUCACUUUGUGUGUUUGUUUCCGGAGUGGACCGAGUUGUUCGCUUAAUAAAGGCUAUGAGUUUUCAUGUA